UUGGUUGAUUUUUUUUAUUUUGAACCACAAGGGACUGUGAUGUUGCUUUGCAGAGUGUCAAUAUUGACGAUUGUAAUUGUUACAUCAUUUAUUUCUAAUGUGGAUCUGAAAGGGUCAGGAUACAUUUUUAAUAAUGAAUUUGCACGAGUCACUGAUGGUAAUACCUCCUGGUUAAAACUGACAUAUUUCACCUUUGGUCAGUAUAAUCGUACCGCAAAAGCUGCAAACUUUGAAUUAGAACUCUUUAUGGACGUAACCAAAGAAAAUGACGCAAUGGUGCAUUUUAGUUUUUUCAUUUUAAAAAAUAAUGAAUAUAAGAAGACACCAAUCAGUUUUCCAAAAAAAGUUUGUGAUAUUCUGGGAACCAAAUAUUUCGAUCUACCAAACAUAACAAAGAACUCAACUUUUAAAGAUUGCCCGCUACUAAAGGGCCCCCAAUAUGCGUAUGAUAUAAUGUUAACAUCUAAUGGAUGGCCUAAAUUUUUACCAGAAGGGCGAUUUUUAUUAGAAUUAGAUUUCGUAUAUAAAAACGAGCAUAUUAUCAAAGUUGAGUGGUUUCUGGAAAUUAUUGCUGUUUAGCUAUUUUAAUUUUUUUUGAUUUUGAUGACAAUAAACAAGUAAAAGAA